AUGAAGAAAAUGAUAGCCUUAGGAUUUGAGGGUUCAGCCAAUAAAAUUGGGGUUGGAGUUGUGACCUUAGAUGGGACGAUUUUAUCAAACCCCAGGCACACUUAUAUCACCCCUCCUGGCCAAGGAUUCUUACCUCGUGAAACUGCCCAACAUCAUUUGCAACAUGUGCUUCCACUGGUUAAAUCUGCUUUGGAAGCUGCCCAAGUGAGCCCUGAUGAAAUUGAUUGUCUCUGUUACACUAAGGGCCCUGGCAUGGGUGCACCACUGCAAGUUUCUGCAAUUGUUAUUCGGGUUCUUUCACUGCUUUGGAAGAAGCCCAUUGUUGCUGUUAAUCACUGUGUUGCACAUAUUGAGAUGGGUAGGAUUGUUACUGGGGCGGAUGACCCUGUUGUGUUGUAUGUUAGUGGUGGGAAUACACAGGUUAUCGCUUAUAGUGAAGGGCGAUAUCGAAUCUUUGGGGAGACUAUUGAUAUUGCUGUUGGGAAUUGUUUGGAUCGAUUUGCUAGGGUUUUACAGCUCUCUAAUGAUCCAGCCCCUGGAUACAAUAUCGAGCAGCUUGCUAAAAAAGGAGAACAAUUUAUAGAACUUCCUUAUGUUGUCAAAGGUAUGGAUGUUUCUUUCAGUGGAAUAUUGAGCUUUAUUGAAGCUACUGCUGAGGAGAAGCUUAAAAAUAAUGAAUGUACUCCUGCAGACUUGUGCUACUCCCUACAGGAAACUGUGUUUGCUAUGCUUGUAGAGAUCACAGAACGAGCAAUGGCACAUUGUGACAAGAAAGAUGUUCUUAUCGUUGGUGGUGUGGGAUGCAAUGAGCGGUUGCAAGAGAUGAUGAAAACUAUGUGCUCUGAGAGAGGUGGAACAUUGUAUGCUACUGAUGACAGGUAUUGCAUUGACAAUGGAGCAAUGAUUGCUUAUACUGGUCUCCUGGCUUUUGCUCAUGGCACAACAACACCGCUAGAGGAAUCAACUUUCACCCAGAGGUUCCGAACUGAUGAAGUGCAUGCAAUUUGGAGGGAGAAAGAGUUGGCUAGCGUGAAUGGUACCAGAGAAUAGCACCUAAACCAUGCAAACCUUGUUGCUAUAAGUUUGAGCAGUUCAUGCAACUUUAGCGAUGAAAAUUUCAUUAUGUACCUAUGAAGUAGGAUUCCUAUAGAGAAGUGGAGAUUGAUGCAUUCUCUAGCAGCUAGAUUUGUAAUUGUAAGUCAUAUCUGCAACUACUCUAUCAAAAGAGAGAUUGUUAUGUUCACAUCCAUUGCUUGCUCAAUAUAAUAUUAUAUGAAAGUAUCCUGGAAUAUUAUCCAUAAA